CCUACGGAGACGAUGGAGAAGAAGUCGGACGAUCGGCCGGCGACGGCGAGGAGGAGGGACGCCAAGGAGGAGCGGAUGGGCAGGGCGGGCGUGGUGCUCAUCGUGUGCCUCUGCACGCUGCCGUUCCUGGUCUUCCUCUUCGGCGGCCGGGCGGGCGCGCCGGCCGUGUGGCGCAACGCCGAUAAGCUCACCGCGACGGCUGGAUCAGGGUUAGUGAACGUCUCUCGUCCAAGCGCCGGCGGCGGCGCAGACGAGCUCUUCGGCGGCCUGCUCGCGCCGGGCUCUGACCGAUGCGCGUGCCUGAGCCGGUACCAGUCCCCGCGUUACUACAAGCACUCCCCGCACGCGCCUUCCCCGCACCUCCUGCAGAAGCUGCGCGACUACGAGGCGCGGCACAGCAAGUGCGGCCCCGGCGCGCUGUCGUACGCCAGGUCCGUCGAUCACCUCCGCUCCGGCGGCGGCAGCAGCACGGAGGACGAUGAGUGCAACUACGUGGUGUGGAUCCCCUACAACGGCCUCGGUAACCGGAUGCUGUCGCUGCUCAGCACGUUCCUCUACGCGCUCCUCACCGGUCGCGUCCUCCUCGUGCACCCCACCGACGACUUCACCGACCUCUUCUGCGAGCCGUUCCUCGGCGGGACCUGGGCGCUCCCGCCGGACUUCCCCGUGGCGGACAUGUCCCGGCUCGGGGCGCGCUCCAACGAGUCGUACGGGAACCUCCUGGACGGCAAGAGGAUCUCCAACGACCCGACCAAGGCGACAGCGCGGUCGGUGCCGCCGUACGUGUACCUGCACCUGGCGCACGACCUCCGGCGCUCGGACCGGCGCUUCUACUGCAACGACGACCAGCUGGUGCUGGCCAAGGUGAACUGGCUGCUGCUGCAGAACGACUUCUACUUCGUGCCGGCGCUGUACGACAUGGCGGAGUUCGAGGGCGAGCUCCGACGACUGUUCCCGGCCAUGGAGAGCGCGUCGCACCUCCUCGGCCGGUACCUGUUCCACCCGUCCAACUCCGUGUGGGGCAUGAUCACGCGCUACUACCACUCGUACCUCGCCCAUGCGGAGGAGAGGAUCGGCGUGCAGAUCAGGAUGUUCUCCUGGGCAUCCAUCCCCGUCCAUGACAUAUACAACCAGAUCAUGGCGUGCUCCCGACAGGAGCACAUACUGCCGGACGUCGACAACGACGAGGCGAACACGAUGAGCGCCGCGGCCGACGGCUCCAACAAAUCCAAGGCCAUCUUGAUCGCGUCGCUGCAGGGCGAGUACUACGAGAGGAUCAAGUCGACGUACUACGAGCACGCGGCGGAGGGCGGCGGCAGGGUAGGGGUGUUCCAGCCGAGCCACGAGGAGCGGCAGACGAUGGGGCAGCGGUCGCACAACCAGAAGGCGCUGGCGGAGAUCUACCUGCUCAGCUUCUCCGACGUGUUGCUCACCACGGGGAUAUCCACGUUCGGCUACAUGAGCAGCAGCCUCGCAGGGCUGCGUCCCACCAUGCUCACGAUCGCCAAGGACCAGAAGGUGCCCGACACGCCGUGCGUGCACGCCGUGUCCAUGGAGCCGUGCUUCCACAUGACGCCCGAUGUUAAGUGCCACGGGAAGGCGGUGAAUAAGGAGGAGCUAUCUCGACACGUCAAGGAGUGUGAGAAUGUACCCAAAGGGAUGAAAUGGAUUAAAGGUGUCAAAUUAGUUGAUUAGAAAUUAACUGGUCGUCAACCUGUGUAUCUCAAACCAAUCAUGUAUAUUUGCCACCGAUGAGUCGACUCGAUUUUUUUAAACAUGAUUGCUAAAUCUCAGUUGAUGCUAUAUUCGUGACGACAGGAAAAUCACACGUUGCUGUGUG